AUGUUUGCUCCAUCACUGGAUAGCGUAGAAAAAGAUAUGGAAUACGAGGAGCAGUCCUCGACCAGUUCAUUGGACAUAAUAAUAAAAUGGAAUGGUAACGAUUAUGAUAUAAACAAUUUAAAUACAGACAGCGAUGUGAAAACGUUGAAAGAAGAGAUAUUCAAAUCUACUGGCGUGCGACCAGAAAGACAAAAACUUAUCAACUUAAGAAUAUCAGGUUAAUAUAUUAUAUAUUUUUUUGAGAAACCUUAUAAUAGUGCUAUAUAAGUACAACUAUUAUUGCCAAGUCUAUAUAUAUAUAUAUAUAUAUAUUUACCACAAUACAAUAUUAAUAUUAUAUGUACCCAUAUAGAUCAUAUAAAAGUUCAUAUUUCUGUAAUUGAAUUCAUUUACACUUGGCUAAUAAACCAAUAUUUAUUUGCUGAUUUGGAUAUUAAUUUGGGUCAACAUCCUUACCUAAUUACAAUAAUCCGGUAGGGUUUUAAUGGUUUCUUUUCUUAAUUUUACUAAAUCUAGAUAAAUAAUCCUGGUGUUAACAAAUCAUUGAAUAUUUAAUACUAUUUCUUAUUUAAUAUUUGUAUCAAUUUAAGUAUUAUUAGAAUAAUAAAAUACCUACUUAUCUGUUUUUUUUUGUUUUUAUAGUUGUAAGUAAAUUGAAGUUUUGAAAUGCUAGAAAAUAUUUUAUUAUUUAUUUAAGUUAACUAAUCUUCAACUUUUGCCUUUUUUUUAACUGAAAGAAAAAAUAUACUCUCAUUUUAAUAGUUUAAAAGUUAACAUACAAUUGUAUUAUGAAGAUUAUAACUGAUAUAAUAAUUACACAAUAGGUUGUAAAAGUAAAUUCUUUUUUAGUUAAUAACUAAAACUAUUAGUUUUCUCCCUGUAGGAGAGGAUCAAAAUACUACCACAGUACCUCUACCUCCCUCUCAUAGGAAACGACCAAUAGGGUUUCGUCUAGUCGACAACCGGUGUAAAAUUCUGUCGAACAGAAUGAGAAAUUCUAAACAAAACUUUGGGAGAUUAUCCCAUCUUGGACAAAUGUGGAUUAAGUUAAUAAUAGGCUUGAGGAAUGGAGAGCAACACCUUAAGGAAAGGGACUAAGUAAAACAAUAUGAGUUUGCAGGAACAGAACAAAACAACUAACCACAGUAAACAAUAUUAGGUGAGGUUAAAAAUUUUAAGUACCUGUUAAGGAUCUGUUGUACAAAAGAACGAUGCUUUUCAUGAGCAUUUGAAACAGUUUUACGUGUGGUUUGAUAAGAUAGAGAGAAAUGGCAAGUGGUUUUUAUAUUUUAUAGGACAAGAGAUUUCCAAUGACACAAAGUUCUAUAGAAGUAUGAUGAGACUAUGUUAUAUGGUUUGGAGUGUUAGGUGGUAGAAAUAAAUCACCCAACACCCAAAUAUAUAAAUAUAGAACUGAAAAUGAGUGUUGCAGAGAUAAGAAAGCUUAGGUAGACAAGUGUAGAGAUAAGAGAAGAUAGAAUAAAUAAUGAGUACAUAAAAGGUAACUUAGGCGUAACUAUGAUAGUAAACAAAACAAGAGAAAAAAGAAGAAUAGGAAGACUGAAUGUGAUUGAGAAUAUGAGGACAGCCGGUGUAUGUGAGGUAUGCAAUCUUGUCUAGUAAGAGUUUAAGACGAGAGUCAGCUGACCCCAAAUAGAUGAGAUGAAGGCAAAUAAGAAGAAGAACAAUUCAAAUUGUUAGUAUUAUAAGACCUAUUUUAAAGACUUCAUGUAUAAUAGAAGUGACAUACAUUGGAUUUUGAAGUAGUACAUUUAAAAAAAUGCCUAUUACUUUUUAUUUGUAUUAUUUUCUGAUAAUAAAUUGCCAAAACCAGUGAAAAUAAAUAUCAACAUCAUUAUAAUAUAAUUAAUAUUUAAUUAUUUUUAAUUUUAAUAUAGUUGAACAUAACUUUUACCUCGUACCCUUUAAUUAAUUAUAAAUCUUUUAUUUUAGAUUCGGAGUGUUGUUUAGUAUUAGUACCUUUGUGGGAAUUUUUUCCUCAGAAAAUAUACUCAGUAAAAAUGCCAUUUUUUUCUUAGCAUACUUUAAAAGAUACAGAUAUUUCACUUCAGUAGUACUUUAUUUGAAAAAAAAUGUUUACAUUUCAAACAGUUUUUCUAUAAAAUUCAUAAAAACGUACAAUUAAUUUCAAUAUAUUGGUUUUAUUUUUAUUGAUUUCUUAAUUUUUUUGAUUCUCUUGUUUAUGGUGUAUAAUAACACGACUAAUACUAUUCCACUAUGAAUCUUUUUUUUAUUUACAAUUAUUUAUGUUCCUUACUACCUAAUUACAACAGUAGUAUAAAUAAGCAUCUAUGAGCAGUACAACUUUUUAACAUUUAAUUAGCAUUACUAAAUUAAAAUAACCAUAAUCACCUUUAAUUUAUACAUUUUAUUUUAACCAAUUUUAUUAUUUUUAGGUAAAAUGGCUCCAGAUGAAUGUUUAUUAAAUGCAUUAAGUAUUAAAUCUGGUACUAAAAUUAUGAUGGUGGGUUCAAAAGAAGAAGACAUAGCAGAAGCUAGUGUAGUUCCACCUAAAAGAGAAAAAGGCCGAAAAUGUAAAAGUUAUGAGUCGGAUGAUUUUGAUGAGGAACGUGUUGAUAAAAUGGAAGUUCAUUUAGCCAAAGUACAGAAUAGAGUUGAUAAUUAUGAGGUAAUUUGUUUUAUUUUUCAUAAUUACCUAAUAUAUUUUAAUAAAUAAACAACUUGCAUUUUAUUUUCAAAUAGAUUAAAAUGCUUAAUGACCCUAGACCUGGUAAAAAACUUUUGGUACUUGAUAUUGAUUAUACUUUAUUUGAUCAUCGAUCAGCAGCUGAAAGUGGAUUAGAACUUAUGAGACCAUAUUUACAUGACUUUUUAGAAUCUGCUUAUGAAGUAAUUUGUUUUAUUUUUAUUGAUAUUUACAAUAUUUACAUAAUUUCAAUUAAUUACUAAAUAUUAAUUUUAUAUUAAUAUAGCAUUAUGAUAUUGUAAUUUGGUCAGCAACUGAUAUGCGUUGGAUUGAACGUAAGAUGGCUGUUUUAAAUGUAGCCAAUAAUGUUGCAUAUAAAAUAAUAUUCUACUUGGAUAAUGCUGCAAUGAUUACUGUACAUACCCCUAAACAUGGUGUGGUUUCUGUGAGUUACUUAAUAACUUAUUAAUGAAAUGUAUGUUUGUUUAUAUUUUUAGUUUUAACAAAUGCUUUUGUACAUGUUUUGAAGGUUAAACCAUUAGGAGUAAUAUGGGGUAAGUUUCCUGAUAACUAUAAUAAACAUAAUACAAUUAUGUUUGAUGAUAUUCGUCGAAAUUUCUUGAUGAACCCAAGAAACGGUCUCAAAAUUCGUCCAUUUAGAGAAGCUCAUCUGAAUUGGGAAAUGGACAAAGAGUUACUACAUCUGGCUGAAUAUUUGGUUGAAAUAGCCAAACUUGAUGAUUUUACAAAGCUAAAUCAUAGAAAUUGGGAGAAAUUUAUUAAGAAAGCACAAUACAAAAAAGAAAAACGACAUAAAAAAGAUAGGACUGAUAGUAGUGAUCCCAAACCUGAUUCUCAACCAAAAUUGUAG